AUGAGCACUGCCACACCUGCAGACAUUCCCCAGGAGUAUAUCAAUAAUGAGAAUCCAUUUGCACAUAUGAAAGAGUAUUCUGAGAGUCAAUCCUUGGACCCAGAGGUCAGGCUUCGGCUCAAUGCUUUGCAACAGAUGCAGCCAAAAUUUAUUCCUCUUGGAAUCAAUGAUAGAAUACUCAAGGCCGAGAGGGCCGUUAAAACCAAGGCUAUAGUUGAAUCCCAAAUAGAGAAGCUGCUCGAUGAAGGGAUGAAGCUUAUAGAUAGUACAGUCCCAGAAAGAGAGGAGGCUCUAAGGAGCAAUGCUGAUGAUCCAAGAGUCCUUGAUAUCCUUAUAAGUAUAAGCAGGCUGAGGCUGCUGAGUAAUCAGGAAAGGCUUAGGGAAAAGGUUUAUUAUGCAUUGAAGAGCACGAUCCUAUCAGAUACGAUCACCUCUAUCGACUACUCCUCAUCGAUAGACGAGGACCAUCUUUCCGAUGCAAUGGAAUACGGGGAAUUGGUAGAGAAGUAUAGCCAGACUGAAACUCCAGUAUCUGCAGGAGAUUAA